GAGGGUUAAAAACACACCUAGUAAAGGUGAAAUCGAUACUGUAAAGAUAGAAAGUAAACUGAGCGAGAAUUCAAAUGUUAGAAACGACAAUACAAAUACUAAGACACCUGCCAACACGAAACAAUCCUCUUCCAAAAAACACAUUCCCUCAAAAACAAAGUCAUCCAGACCAGAACAAAGCCACUCACUUCUAAAGGACAAAGUGAGCACAGAAAAAAACUCAGAAGCCCUUAAGUUGGCCACCAUGUUUCCCGAAGCUCCCUCCUCAUCUGAAUCAGAGUCCAAAUCUGAGCUAAUGCAACAGAAUCGUCUCACCGAGGUGAUGUCAGUAAUCCAGGAUGUCGGAACAGGAAGUCCUGCUCGUCUUCUUAAGGAAGCAGCAGUCGGUCAGUUUCUUACCCACUCGAAACCUCAGAGGCCAAAACCUCUUUCCAAACAGAGAACUUUGUCUGAUGUCUCCUCUAUUAGUGAAUCAUGCGAGUUUCCAAGACAAGAUGAAGCCAGAAAAACAAAUGUCAUCAUUAAUGUUGAACCAGAACAAGGUUCUUCAGACGGGCAAAUGGAAAGAAGCACGCUUGAGGAAACAUCAACACAAGGCAUGGAGAAAGAAGGGGAGGAGUGUACUGAGGAGAGGAGCAAAAUUUCAGAGGAGGAAAUGGUGAGUUCUGCAGUGACCGAAAGUGAAAAAUGGUUGAGAAGAAGAAAUAAUAAAGAGGAAGUGGAUGACAGAGAAGAAGUAAGUGAGACCAAGACUCUUGAGGAAGUAACAAAAAACAACGACUCUGGGGAUGACGAUGAUGCAACGAUCAAAUCUUCUAGUGAGGAUGAAGAAAAUGAGGCAGAAGAAAGUGAGGCAGCAGAUGGUGAUGGAAUAGAAGAUGGUGAAGAAGAAACAAAUGAGAUAAAUACAGAAAAUGAAAUCAGUGGAAAAGGUGAUGAAAGCAAAACGAGUGAAGAAGAGGAGAGUGGAGAGGAAUCAAAUGAAAACACAGAAAUCAAGAGUGAGCGAUCAGAUGUAGAAUCAGAUGAAAAGGAGGAGGAUGAGGAGUCAGACGAGAAUGAAAGUGAGGAUGAAGAAGAAAGUGCAGUGGAAAGUAAGAGCAAAGGAGAAGAGGAAGAUUCAGAAGAGAUGGAUGAGGAGAGUGAGGAAGAUGAAGAGGAUGAUGCAGAUGAGGACAAAAGUGAUGAAGACAUGGAAGAGAAUGAAGCAACAAGUGAAGAUGAUGAUGUAGAGGAGGAAGAGGAGGAAGAGAGUGAAACAGAGGAGGAAAAAAGUGAUAAAGACACAGGUGACGAAGCAACAAGUGAAGAUGAUGAGGAGGAAGAAGAUGAAGACAGUGAAACAAAGGAGCACAAAAGUGAUGAAGACUCGGAAAAUGAAACAACAAGUGAGGAUGAUGAGGAAGAAGAUGAAACAGAGGAGAACAAAAGUGAGGAAGACACAACAGGUGAGGAUGAUGAAGAGGAGGAAAAAAGUGAUGAAGACACAGAAGAUGAAGCAACAAGUGAGGAUGAUGAGGAAGAGGAGGAUGAAAAGGAGAGUGAAAAUGAAGAAGAGGAAGAACAGCAGAGCAUAGAUGAAGAGGAAGAAAGUAGUGACGAGGAGGAAGAAAGUGAAGAUAAAUCAACAGAGUCAGAAAAAGAAGAAGAGGAAGAAUCAGAAGAAAUUGAGGAGGAAGAAGAAGAACAACAAGAUAAUGAAGAAGUGGAAGAAGAGAGCCAAGAAAGUGAAGAGGAGGAGGAAGAGAAGAAACAAGAAGACAAAAGGCUUGAGAGAAAGAGAGAAAAGGCCUCUACAUCUACUAAACUAAAAUCAGAUGUGAAAAAGACAAAGCAGCCGAUGAAAGCUACAGCAAAAAGUGAUUCAGUGUCAGAAGACAAAUCUCAGGAGUCUCAACAAUUUUGGGAUAAUGUGCUACCUCAGUACCUCAAUUUAAAAUAAUUUACAGAAUUGUUCACAGAAAA